AUGACGAUGCAAUCGCCACCUCCUUACGUGCCUUUUGUCGAGUACGUGCUCAAGGCGAUCGAGCAUCCGCCGUACAUGUACGUGGCGAAGCUUGCCGCGUGUUGUACGAUGCUCUUUCUUACACGUGAAAACCCCGAGCUGCUAAAAGAGCUGUGCCACAAGUGGGCGAUUCGCUUUGCGCAAGACCGAUCCCGUCUCAUCCGGCAUAUUCGCAAGCGUGCUUCCUACUGCAUCAACUCCCCCGAUCUCGCCGUACACCUCGGGUGCGACGCGAAAGACUCUAGCGAAGACACCUCUGAUGACGGAUGCGCGGCGCACUCAUCUGAAAAUCACACUGACAAGCGUGAUGUGGAGGCCGGAAUGUCCUGCUGCGACCCGGAAAAGUCGGUGGAACACCUGCUGUCUAUUCUCAACACGCUUGUACCCAUGUAUUUUUCGUGGAACUGGCACCGAGCCGACUACGUGAUUCAGAUCAACAAGGAGUACGAGGUGUACGUGCGGGAGUACGUGCUGCCUAUGUGCGCUGAUCUUGCCCCCAAUGAAGGGGCCGAUGACGUGGUGCACACGCCGUGGCUGCUCCCCCCGCACACCUACCUCGAGCCGACGGAGAGACUGCAGCCGUUGGACACAUUCACCUCAACGGUGGCGCCGCGCUCGUGCGUAGGCUCGCUGCGUCAUCCGAGAUACAUCGUCAGCGCCACCGUGGGCGCGGCAGCCCCCAAUAGGCACGACCCUGUCCCUGCUAGUGACUCACCAAUAGCUAGCAAUGCGAAAAUAGAUGAGUUCAACUUUCAGAGGCUGCAGAAGCAGUUCACUUCAACGUCGGUUAGCAAGGGAAAGCCGUCCGACGCCAUUGUGACCACUCCCCUGCUAAAACUCUCGCCGACAUUCAGCAAAACGUUAACCGACGAGGGAGCGUCCACCGCGUCCCCAAGCGUGAUGCUGGUCAGUGCACACGCGUGCAACACCACCCCAAGGAGUGCCUGUACGCCUAUUAUGUCGCCAAACGUCAUGUCCGCCCGCGCCUUCAACGCCGCGGCCGUGUACGGGUUGCGCUUUUUGACGCUUAGCAACUACCGCGAAGCACUGCAGAGCAACACAAAGGGUCUUGUGAUUAUCUUCCAUGCCAAGUACUCGGCCAAGAGCAACGAAGUGAUCGACAUGUUCCAGAAGAUCACAGCGAGGCGGCUGCUUGACCCGAUGCCGACCAUAGCCGUCGUCUAUGCCGUAGCGGAGCCAGAGCUGUCAAGCCUGUACAGGGUCAGCUGGUUCCCAACCAUCGUGUACACGCCUCCCAUUUUACACCAAAAACACGGCCACCAGGAUCCGAACGCCGGUGCGCACACUUGCACAGACGACGCAACACCGUUGUUGACUUCGUUGGCACCAAAGGUCCUUGCCAAGACUUCAGCGCAUUUCACACAGACGCGAUUGGCGCCGUAUCGCUACGGGCAUUCUCGCGUUGUUGAUGCAGGGCCCCCGGCCCCGCCUGACAACGAAGAAGAGACUUCGCGGUGCACAAACGGUUGCAGCAGCAACACACCAGAAGGGACGACUGCAACGGCAGGCAGUGAAGAAGUUGCGACAUUGCCAAAAAACACUAGUAUGGACUUGCGCCCCAGCCCACCUAGACGGGGCCGAGGUGACGGGUACAAGAUCGUCGGCGACCUCGACGCCGCGUCGGAGAGACAUACGAGCGCGACACCGAACAGUCGGUCAGAAGCACCCUCGCUACUUGUGCAAUCGACUGACAAAUGGACCGCAGCGGCACCGCGAACGCCGACGGAGAUCCUCUUCAGUACCUCCGUGGAGAAAAGCGCUCGAAGCGAGUUGGUGGCCACGCCGCCGCAGUUCAGCAGCGGCAGCAGCAGUACCAGGGUGAAUUCCAGCAUUCACGGCGGCAGUGUGGAGGAUAGGGUGCAGCCGCUCGCAGAGGACAGCGGAGGGGUGGAGCGUUACUCUCUUGAGGGCAUCUUGGACGGCGGUGACCACGUCAUCUAUCCCUUAGAUGGCGUGCAGACGGUUCCUGCUCUUGUAGAGUGGAUCAGCUCUCGCGGAGCAAGUGUCCCACGACUGCGGAAGAUGAAGGAAUUCUUCACGUGCAUCAAAACAAUUCGUCACGAGGAGAAGUUCAAGCGUUACCGCGAGCUGCACUCGGCAGUCGUGACGCUUCGACGCUUGCAAGGCGUCAAGGACGACUUUAGUGCUACCGGGAGCGGCGGAAAUGGUAGCACACACACACCUCUCCCGUCGGCGCCAUCUCAGCAGCAGCCGGAUGAACCUCUUUUCAUUUUUCUUGGCGGCGGCAUGGCCGCAGGCAAGACGACAGCCGUGGCGGCUCUUGCCAAGAGCAGCUGGUGGGAAAGUCAUAAAGAGCAGAGCGUUAUUGUGAACGCCGAUGAGUUCAAGCUGCCGCUAGAGUGUGAGAUGUCGUCGUCGGAGGCGCACACGCACAGCACACGUGCUGCCGAGAACCUCCUUGUGAAGGCGAUCAACCAAGGCCGCAGCAUCGUUCUCGACGGCACCAUGAUGUGGAAGCCGUUUGUGCAGCAGGUUGUCGCCAUGGUGCGUGAUGCCCACCUCACACUCUUCAAACAAGGUCCAGGCUACGACAAGGAGACCCAGAUGGAAAAGUACUUCAUGGCCGAAAAGAAUCGCCAACCCGCCCUCCCGAUGCCGUACAAAAUUAUUUUCCUCGGUAUCACCGUAGAGGUGGAGACUGCCGUUCCACGCGGAUUUCUGCGCAAGUUCCAAACCAACCGCGGUGUCCCAAUCUCGAUGCAGCUACGCUCCUUCAAGCUCUUCGCGGAGAACUUUAUGGAUUACGUUCGCAUGGUGGACGAGACAACCCUCUUUAACAACAAUGUCUUUGUGAAGCUUGAAAAGGGAGAGUUGCCCCUCGUGCUUGCCGAGUGCAGCACGAAGACAGACGGCAAGCUAGUGGUGCACGACGAGGCGGCUUUUCAGCAGUUUUUGCGGCAGCAGCAGAUCAACGACGACGCGGAUAACGUGCUCGAAUUGUACCCUGCCACUCCAGUAGCCCAGUAA